AUGUAUUUGCUCGCCCUCUUACCACCUGUCAUUGGUGCUUUGCCAUCAGAGUUGGACUCACUGCUCGAUGACGAGUUCGAUGAGCGUGUUGCUAGGUUUGCAGCUGAGUCUGGGGGGUGGUGUAUAUCGUUAAAAAACCAUGCAGAUGACAGAGGAACACUGACAUACACGUACCACCUCGCCCCACAUCUCACUUACCACCCAACGCACCUUCACUUCCUCAAUCUCUUUGAUGGUGACCAGACGCCGUAUGAGUCUUUACACGCCGUGGUAAGCUGCGGAGUUAAGCCAUGGUUCGAUGUGUUUGUAGGGACCAGGGGCAGGGAAAGACGCAGGAGGUGGGGGUGGAGGUGGAGAAGCAAGUUGGGCAUACCGAUGACGAAGAAAAAGUUUGCAGAGCUCGAGUUGGGUUUGUUGCAUUUACAACAAAACGUGGAGAUUCCAGAGGCAAGUUUGGUUGUUCAUCCUGUGAUUCAACGGGCUGUUGAGUUGGCUCAAUCGCAAGGUCAACGAUCGAACAUUUCCCACAUCCCAUCAAAGCUCCUCACAGACAGCACAUUUCUCAACUCUCUCCACCCGCACGUCAACACAUGGAUCAAAGCCAUCCAAGCAGUGACCAAGCUCACGAGAGACGUUUCCUCUGGUACGGCAUCGCAAGAGAUCAACUUCUGGUUGAGCCUCGAAAGGGCAUUGGAGGGGAUAGAGGUGCAGCUGAGGAGCGAGGAGGUGGGGAUGGUCAUGGAUGCACUGAGGAAUGCAAAGAGUGCACAAGUACACCAACUAAUGAAAGACUUUUCGCUCAACAACCUUCUCUUCUCCACAGACCUCGACAAAGUGCACGAAUCACUCACGCCCAUCUUCUCCCACCUACACAGAAAACUCAAGCUAUUUCCCUACCCAAUCCGUCGAAGCAAUCUCACGAGAUUUAUGAGGGAGGUAGCGAGGAAGAGGAGUGAGAAGUUUAUUCCGACAAAGGAUGUUCCGGCACAUGGGAAGCUUGUCGAAUGGGUGGGGUAUUUGAUGGAGCGGAGGAAGCAGCAUGAGCAGUUGGCUGUUAUGACGGGCCCGACGAGGGGGUUGGGGGUUGGCCUUGGAGGAGAAGGAGGUGUUGGAGGGGGUAUGGAUAUGGAGGAGGAGGUUAAGGAGGCUUAUGAGGUUGUCAAGCGGAUUGAUGUUUUGGAUGUUAGUGUUGAAGGCACCGAGAUAUGGGUAACGGCUAAACACGUACAACAAGCGUGUGUCUCGCGUCGAGAACCAGAUUAUUGCAAGGCUCAGGGAAUGUUUAGGGUUUUCUCGAAGUUUGAUGCACUUUUCAUUAGGCCAAAAAUUCGUGGUGCGAUACAGGAGUACCAGACACAACUUAUUGAUUCAGUAAAGGAGGACAUUAAGCACUUGCACGACAAGUUCAAAACUCAGUACCGCUUCUCCGAAGCCUACCACAUGGCUCAAAUGCGCAACCUACCCCCAAUAGCAGGAGCCAUCAUCUGGGCCCGCCAAAUUGAACCACAACUCCUUACAUAUAUGAAAGGCGUCGAAGACGUCCUCGGUAAAGGCUGGGAGCUCUAUGCAGAAGGUCAAAAACUCCAAUCUGAAUCCUCAGCAUUCCGCAAAAAACUAGACACCCGACCCGUAUUCGAUGCAUGGCUGCACGACAUCAACCGUAUGGGCGUUGGCGGGCGUUUAUUCGAGAUUGUCCGUUUGAGCCGAGGGGGGUUCCAGUUGGCGGUUAAUAUCGAUCCGCAGAUUAUUACCCUCUUUAAGGAGGUCAGGAAUUUGCUUUGGGCGGGCUUCCAGGUUCUGCAUGCGAUUACGAAUAUGGCGAAGGAUGCAAAGAGGGUUUAUCCGCUUGCUGUUAGUUUGAUGAAACUGACGUUGGAUUUGGUGGAGAAGAAUAGGCAAAUUGAGUGGUUGGUGGCGGAGUAUAGGAAUGAGUCGCAGAGGAUGAUUGGGAAAGGGAUGAACAUCCAUUGGGAUCACUUUGUAAACCAGUAUGAUACGACGCAAUUUGGACGCGAUAUGUGUCUAGACAAAACGAACAACGUGAUUGAUCUGUACAAGGACAUCCUCCGCGCAGUGGAAGACCUCUCAACGUGCUCGUAUACAUCUGAAGCGUUCUCAGAGUUGCUAGGCAAAGUGCAGGCUGCCAUUGACCGCUUGAACCUGGAAGGAUACGCGAACCUUGAACACUGGGUAGACAAGUGGAUUGAGGGGAUCCUUCGUCAGAGGCUAACACAUAUCAUUCAAGUGUGGUGUGCCGAGUUUGAUAGGGUCGAUGAUAGCGAUUCUCGGAGGGAUUUGCUGCUUGUUAGGGAUGUUGCAAGUAAGAGGAGAGGGGAUAAGCGGAUGAAGGAGGAGAAG